AUGAGUGUGACGGAUGAAAGCAAAAAAUUGGAACAGUUAGAGUCACAGCUGAAGCAAAAGCAAUCUGAAUUGAAAGAAAUAGAUUCGCAAUUGAAAGAGAAGGAAGCAAAACUGCAAUCAGUGAAAAAAAUGGAAAAUCUGGAAGAGGAAUUGCGGAAGUCUUUCGAAGGCGAGAUGAAGAUAAAGAGUGCAAAAAUUGAAAGUUUGGAGAAAGAAAUUGCAAAAGAGCGACAAAAAGUUUCGUCGAUUGAAGCGGAUGAACAAGAAAAGUUGGAAGAUUUGAAAUCACAGCUGAAGCAGAAGGAAUCGGAUCUGAGUGAAAAAGAGUCGAAAUUGAAAGCAAAGGAAUCAGAGCUGCAGUCACUGAAACAGAGCAAAGAAGUCCAAGAGAAACAACUGCGAGAAAUUCAGGAAAAGGAGCGCUCAGCAGCAGAUGCAAUGCGGGAGCUGGACAGUAAAAAGACCGAAGCAGAAAGGUGA